UCUUGGGGAAAUUAAGUAAAACUACCUUGAAAUCAAAGUAGAUCAUUGCAAACCUCAAAUGGAAUCGUAACUUAUUUCAUCAUUACUCUUAUAUAUUUCUGGAAAUAUUUUGCAUCAUCAAGCACGGAAAAGAAACAUAUGAAUACGCAUUCGAUGAAGUGGAAAGUCAUUCUUCUGACUGUGGUUCACUGUGUUAGCUGUAACUGUCCUCCGCCUGCGAUGAACACGUCAUACGCCACACAGAAGUGUCCCAAUGAUCCUAGAUCGUAUCAUUGUCUCUGGGAUGGCCUGAAUGAUGCAUUUAUUGAAAUUUGUGUAUCUCCAGAGUAUUACACACCAGGAAGUUAUGUGGUUUUUCAAAAAGCUUUAAAUGCAAAACGAUGUCCAGUCAGCAGAUACCAGCCAUUUGCAUAUUGGACAAAUGACGAAAACAGAUGCAUUUACCAAAACUCUAAUUGUACCGCAGAGGGUCAACAUUUAUUAAGUAGAAGUGGAACAACAACAGCAGAUAUUACUUGUAGAUGUGAUUACAGGAAGGGAUAUUCUUAUUUAAUACGUCCGAAUGAUCCUUGUAACUGCAAACCAAAUGAAGAAGAUUGCUCAUGCUACAUCAAAUUCUGUAAUGAAGAUCAUGCUUUAUCACCAGACUAUAAUUGCGAAGUUAUCAAAUCCGACGUGAUUAGACAAUAUCAAUGUCCACGACUAAUUAGAUCAAGUGAAGAUGACACUGUUCAUAGGAAUCACACAGACGUUGAACUGACAUCAAAUAGCUACAAGAAAAACAUAAUAAGGCAACCAAUUGAUAGAUUUCUUGUUGGAAUAGUAUUAUUGGGUGCAAUCAUUGUUAUGAUUGCUACCUUUAGUGUAUGGUUUGGGGUAUUAGUUUUUGCACAUGAGGAGAAAAAAUCUGAUCUGUCCCAGCUAAUAGAUACAACCACUAUACAAUGUGUAAUGGAUACAGAGGCUUUUAAAAAAGCAAAGAUUGCAUUUGAAAAUAAUAGUAUUUUAAUUAUAAAAGGAGAACACGGAUCAGGAAAAACAUCUUUGGCCAUGCAAUUAUUAACAAUGUACAGAAAAAAUAAUUACACUGUGAUAGUACUGGAUAACACCAACGUUCAUCUCCUCAACGCCAUAAAAGAUGUUUUGGUGAAAUAUGUUAUUCUUUUGGAAGAAUGGUUUGACGCGUGUGCGAUAGAAAAAAUAUGGCCUCAAAGCAUUAUUAAUGCUUUAAAAAAUAUUCAAAUGUCAAGCAAGUGUAAAGCGAUAGUCACUGUAAAUUCAGCUACUAACACAGAUUGUGAAAAAUUAAAGUCAGCUGGAAUUUGGACCGAAUCUAACAUUGUUAACCUUGACUUAGACGAUUCAUUCAGCAGAGAAGACAGAGAAUCGAUUUUACUGUUUCACUUAGAUUUAAAUAAAAGAAACUUAAAUAAAAUAGAAAUCAAGAAAAUAAUCACUGCACAAACAGUUGGUGCCUUCCCAAUUCAAUGUUCAGCUUUCUGUAGCACAAACAGCUAUUUUGAACUUGGUUCCAGAUUUUUUAGACUACCACAGCAAGGUUUAAUUGACAAAAUCAAUGAACUUCGCACCAACGGUAUGAACAAUAUAACAGACAGAGUCAAAUAUUGUACUUUGGUGUAUAUUCUCAUUAACCCCGACAAUGGAUUACAAUUUAAUCAUAUAGAUACGAAAAAAAUCAACGGAAUAUGCAGUUAUGUUUUUAAACAGAAAUGUUCAGAAGAAUCGUUAAUAAAAAGCGCUUGCCAAAGUAUGCGUUUGCUUUAUUUAAAAUGUAACGAAAGUGGUGAUUAUUUUCUUCGUCCUGUUAUCUAUCAGGCGGUCUUAUUGUCACAUGCUUAUAUAGAUUUUGAAUGUCUAAAACUAAUCUUAAAAACAUGCGACUUAGAGGCAAUCAUUGGUGUUUUAAGACCUCCAACAUACGUGAAGUUAAAUGAGGAGGAAACUGUUCUAAUUGUAGACAAGGACAAACUGGAUGGAUUUGAUAUUAUAGCAAAGCGUUUUGCAGAGGCUUGUUUGCAUAGUGAGCAAACAUCUGAACUAAUAUGCGAAUAUAUUGAAAGUUAUAGAUUUUCAACCGUCUUGCAAAAAACGAUGACACAUUUAGACACACAUUUGAACAAUUUGACUACAGAAAACCGAGUAAAACUAAUGAUUUUGGUGACAAAACGAUUAACAUUGAACUGUUCAAGUCUUGAAUUAAUUAGUUAUACUCCAACUAAUUUUGCUUUGGCAUGGUCGAUUAUUGUUUUCAUAAUAUCAGACAAAAUGCAGCUUCUUUCUGAAAUAGAUGAAGGUUUCUUGGCAAAAGGUAACCACAGUUCGUUAGUGGGCAUUUUAAAGACUGUUGUUGAUGAGCAUGGAAAUACUAUUUUACAUUACUGUAUUCUUUGGUGGUACAAUAGAAAAAAUCCAUUAAUAAUGCGAAUUUCGAAGGCGCUUCGUCAAUCACCUAGCAACUGCUUCAGCUUAUCUGGUAAAAACAGUAUUCUUAGUCGGAACAAGGAGGUAAAUAUGUCGGCAUUAGAAUUUGCUGCAUACUUUGGCAAUUACGAAGCAGUUAGUGAUUUUGUUUUUUAUAUAGCAAAAUGGAAUAGAAUAGGAUCAAAAGACAUAAGCAGUUUAAUCGAGUUUGCAGAGAAUGGAAAAGCAAACAAUAUUAUUCAAAACUAUGGCAGUUCUGAAUUUGUAAACAACGAUGUAUGUGGUCCAAUUUCAGUAAAUGAACACUUUAGUUAUGAUAAAACCAUCAAACAAUUGCAAUCAAUAAGAAAAGACAUCAAAUAAGAUAUAUAUCAAGCGGAAGUAGUUCUGUUGCAAAUUUAUUGCAAAAUUGGUUUUUAAAUUUUUUAUUUGUUAUACAUGUAAUAAAGGUACCUUGUAUCUGCAUCAUUAAAUAAUCUUUUUUGUGUUAUAA